AAUACGUGCGUGAAUACAAAAUUAGCGUAAAAAGGGGUUCAUCAGUUUGUGAAUGUAUCGGCUUAAUUGUUUGAAAUAAUGGAUACUGGAAUUAGUUUAUAUUAUCAUAUGUGUCAGAAUAAUCUUUUAUGUGCUUACUUGAUUUAUUUCAGCUUUCAAGUACGUAAUAUUGAUGAAUGAAGAGCUGUUACAGUAAAACUAAACAGCCAAAGGUCUCAACAAAAGCUCAACUUUCAUUUCCGAACCAGUAUAUUUCAUGGUGCUUUCAAUUGGAACAUAAAUGGAUGCGGAGCUCUGUGGAUAUCUGUAAAGAGGAUGCCGUACGAAAUGUGCGAAUCCAAUAUUAAAGGCUUAUAUAUUUGAAGGAAUUUAGUUUUAUGGAUACGGAAAGGAAUAUUCCACUUGGAAUAUAACGACAUAUGAAGGUGAUUUUAUAUAAUGCAGAUACUUGCAGCCUUCUCGCAUUGUUAACUUUUCCAAUACGCUGUAUCCAUCUGCAGUGGACACCAAUGGUACUUUCUUCUGUCAUUAAUGAAUUUAUUAAGCAAUGGAUUAUGUUUAUUCGAAUUUUGUCUUUAACACGAAGCGGUACAGAUUAUGAAAAUUGAAUUAUUGUGUAUUUUCGGACAAAACAAAUUUAAAAGGAUAUCAUAAAUUAAAUGAUAUCUUCUUCGUCAUUUUUUAGGAGAAUGGAUACAUUUUACAGAAAUAUUUUAUUCGUGUGCUUGUGCAGUUCAAUUAUUGCGGAUAAAAUAAUAUCAGAAAAAGGAGAAGUUCACAUUUCCAGAGAAGAACAAGACAAGGCGGUUUACGAUGAGCAGGUCAAAUGUUUGCACAAUAUCUUGUACGAUCCCUAUCCACCAGGUGUAUACUGCAACAGGACGUGGGAUGACAUCGCUUGUUGGCCAGAUACACCGGCUGGAAGUAUCACAUACCAACCUUGUCCUAACUACAUACAGGGAUUCUACUCGUUAGGUAAUGCAACCAAACGAUGCAUGCCUGAUGGCCAAUGGUAUGUUAACCCUGAACUCAAUGCCACAUGGAGCAAUUAUACACAAUGUCUUAGGAAUAGAGAGUCACCUGCUCAUGUUUCAAGUCUUAUAAUGGUUCACAUAGAGUACAUUCAGUUAAUGUACAAUACAGGCUAUGGGAUCUCCUUUGUGUCUUUACUUCUGGCUGUUUUCAUCAUGCUGAAAUUCAGAAAAUUGCAUUGUCCGAGGAAUACAGUUCAUAUCAAUUUGUUUGUGUCCUUUAUUUUGCGUGCAAUUCUAUGUUUCCUGAAAGAUAUAUUACUUGUGCAAGGUCUGGGGUUUUCAUUUGAUGUAGAACGGACAUCUACCGACACUGUGCUAUUUAUAGAAGACGGUACGCACUGGGAAUGCAAGUUACUGUACACCUUAUUUCAUUACGUGUUGUCGGCGAACUACAUGUGGAUUCUUGUUGAAGGUUUAUAUCUACACACGCUUGUGUAUGUGUCUGUGUUCUCAGAGCGUGGCAGUGUAAAAUGGUACUAUCUUCUUGGUUGGGGAACGCCUCUACUGAGUGUAAUCCCAUGGGCUGUUCUGAGAGUUACUUUGGAAAAUAUUUUAUGCUGGAAUACCAAUCCAACCCAAGGAUAUUUUUGGGUGCUGAAGGGACCAAUAGUGCUCAGUAUUCUGGUAAAUUUCAUCUUUUUUAUCAACAUCCUACGAGCAUUAUUUACAAAACUUCACAAACCAAGCACAUCAGCUGCACGCAGAAAUAGAUAUAGACGUUUAGCAAAGGCAACGCUAAUUUUGAUUCCUCUUUUUGGUGUCCACUACAUUGUGUUUAUAGGGGUUCCAGCCAAUUUGAACCCUACAGCAGAAAUAGUUAAACUUUACUUUGAAAUGUUCUUCAAUUCCUUCCAGGGUUGUCUGGUUGCAGUUCUGUUAUGCUUUUUUAACCAGGAGGUUCAAAUGGAAAUACGUAAGUCUUGGUACAGACUCUGUUCCAAGCCUGACCCUCUAUAUAUUCAACAAGCUCAAUUACUUGUCAAUAGCUUUGAAGGUGCCAGACGACAUCGAGAAUCUCGCUCAAAUUUACAUUCUGACAAGCAUGUGUCUUCAGAAGGAUCAUCAGGUGUUGUAGACGGGUGUCUGUGUAAGUGGACGCUUGAUAAAAACGGACGCCUACGCUGUUCUUUUGUGAAAACUACUCCAUUGAAAACAGCAAGACAAAAGAAGAUUUAUUUGGUAAAAGAAACAAAAAUGUAACAAAUUUGUGAAAUUAUACGUGGUCAUACAGUGAAACUAUUAUACAAAGUCUGACCUCGGUGCUUUUAAGACACAUCCUUUGGUACAAACACAAACCGACAUUCCACUAGUCUCAUGUUUUAUACGAACAUCAUUCUUUUCAACACAACCCAACAGAUUAAAGAGAUUUUCUUUAGCCAGAAUGACAGAUAAAGUGACAGAAUACUUUACGGACUCUGAUUCAUUUAUGAAUAAUCUUAAAUUUUAAUGCACAUUUUUGGUGUUUGAAUAUAUCUGGAUGGUAAACCUUUUGUGUGAAAUUCAAAUAUUGAAGUAACAUUUGCUUUCAAUAAUUUUGGAGAUUAGAAAAGAAAAAUGUUUUUUUUACAUCUGUGAUAACAUAACAUGCAAGCCUUUUGUGGUUAAUGUCUUUAUGGUUCAUAAUUUUUAUUCUUGUCAGUAUUGUGAUACAUGAGAAAGUGAAUUAUCUUUUAGCUAUCUUAAAUUAUAGAUAAUUACAAAACUGUGAUAGGACUGUCUGUAAAAUUGAGAUAAAUACGUUUUCUGAAUUACAGAAAUUGUGGACAACCAUAAAUGAUUGCCUACGUUAACAAGAACAGAACUGGAAUUAAAUGUUGAAAGUAUUUAUUUGGUUUUGUUUGGGAACUCCUUAAAACAUAAUAACUUUAUUUCUAUUUUAUUCAAGCUCUACUUACUUUUCUUAUUCUAAAAGGUAAAGAGAUCAUUCUUGCUGUUGAAGGCAUUUCCUAAAGACUAGUGUGUGCUUCGUUCAUUUUUGUUCAUUUUUGUUCGACCAGUACAUUUUAAGACCACAAAAGUGGUAUCUAUGUGGUAUUCUGUCUGGACUGUAAUUGAAUAAUGUAAUUGUUUUGCUUCGUUACGCUUGUGUAGUUCUUCAUUCUGAUGAGUUAUCCAAUGAUAUUAAUUGUCGUUUGUGGUACAUUUAUAAAGGUAAAAUUGUGGACGAAAAAGACAAAAUGUUUUAAGUAAUCAUAGAAACGAUAUUUAACACAUUUGGUGAUAUUCUUAGUUACCAUAGAUAUUUUGUCUUACUUUGAAGAUGUGGGUGCGCAAUUUUCAUGUUUUUGCCAACGUGACCUACGUAUGGGUAACACCUGAAAAAUGCUUUAAAAUGAAACAUUCCACUUUUCGAUUUCAUGUUAUUCAUUCUUUCGACGGAUAAGGUACUAAGAUAAUUUAAAUCUGUCAUAAAUUGUUGCGACAUCGCAUAUAGUCGUGAAGCAAGAUUUAAUUCGACAAAAUAUUUGUUUCUGGUUUCUUUGUAAAAUAGAAUAAAACAAAUCAAGGAUUACAUUCUUGAGGAAAAAUAUCAGAGUAACAGGUUAGUACCAUUAACAGGAAAUUACAUUCUUGCUUACCUAACUGGAAAAGACGAUUUCUUUUCUGGGUAGGAGAUCAUCUUAUCAUUUCUCUAAUGAAAGUAAUAAGUUUCACGUGCCCAUAGUGAUGUCAUAUUAUAACGUCAUAAACUGCAAGUAUGACUGAUAAUUUACACUAUCUUAGAAAUAAUAAUUUUGACAAUGACGGUAGGCAAGAAGCAUUAUCUUUCAUAUCUGCUACAUGUAUAAGACAGCUGUUUCCCAACCUUUGUACAACGUAGAUAAAAAUGUGAAGUGCUCAUUGUACUAUUCAACGCUGCCAAAUAGUUGGGAAAACCUGUUUUACACAGACAGGAAUGUAAGAUGCUUAAAACUGUAAAACCAUGUUCAUGAACAACGUGAAUAAAUUCUAUUUUUUGUAAAAGUGUUAUUGUUCUCUACUUAUUCGUAACAUAUACUGCUAUUUAAGUUUAACUAUAGUUUGGUGACAAUCAAAUAGCCCGUCGUAGACAAUCAAUUACCCCAUCGUAGCUAAAAUACGAUAUUGUAGUUGAAAGAGACCUAAGAAAGUGCCGAUGUGUAGCCGAUAACUAUACCUCCUAUAUAUUGCUCCACUUUGUGUAGUGUAAAUAGUACCUAUAACUCAUAAACUUAUGUCAACUGAUUUAGGUUAGUUGUUUUUGCUUUGUUGAUGACAUCUGAUUGUCUUUUUCGGUCCUAGAGUCAGCUGACAUUAUAUCUUUAAAUUUCAACGUACAAUAAUUUAAAAUCUUAACAAACAUGGCAUUGGAUAAGGUUCUAUUUUUUAAAAACCGCUGGUGCAAUUUGUGCCGUUGGACCAUUAUUAUUGAGUUCAGUAUAUUUGCCAGAAAUUGCAGAAUUUUAGUUUUACAUGGUGGGCAAAACCAUUCUUCCGAGAUGAAUAAUACACAGGCGUAAUAAGAGCAUUUUGUUGCAUUUUUAUAUUUUUGAAAAGUUCUGCCCUUUUCAGGAUUAUUGUUGCGUACAAUUAUAAAGAACAAAUCACUUAAUGAUAGAUCUGCCAUCUGGAAAAUACAAAUAGAACCAGUGCUACUGAAUUGAAGUAAAUAGCUAUUCUUUACAGUGUUAUCCUUCUCGACCUGAAUACGUUCAUGAUAUACAGUAGACUUUCGCAUGUUUUAAAGCGAAUUCCUAAAGUUUUUUAUGCGCAUCUUUCUGCGCAGCCGACACUUUCUAUGGAAAACUGAAGUGAAGUCAACAUUUGUUGAAACAUGUGACAGACAAUCUUAAAUAUGAGGAAUCUUGAAUGAAAUAACAUUUUUGAUAAGUUUUAUCAGUAAUCAAAUGUUGAUACUGGUUUAUGUUGUAUUAACAAGUAUCAUGCCUGACAGGUAUCUUGCCAUUUUUGUGUUUGGGUUUUCACAUUGCAUUUUAGUACAAAGACAGUGUUGUUCAUAUAAUGUAAGACAAUUGACUUAGUGCAGAUAAGACAAUAUCACCUUUCAGAUUAUUUAGUAUUCAAUUAUAGAAAGAAUUAAGAAUUUUUAAAACUUUUUUUAACUUCUAGCAGAUAUACAUGUAAUAAUUUGGUCAGGUUCGCGCCAUUUUUCGUCCGAACAGGUGUUGUAUUCUAACGGUCUUAACAAUAAAUUUAGCCUGGUGACCCAUACAUUUUUAGCCAUUUUUAAGCUCACAAUACAAUUAUUUAUACACAAGAAAAACAGGAAAAAAAUUUAUGAAACAGUUUUUUCAAAAUUUUAAAAAAUAUUCUUCACUAUGGGUAUUUUUCAUUUAAAAAGUUCACAAAAGUGAAUAUGAAACAAUAUGUUUUUUUCAUUUGUAUCCAUUAUUGUAAGGAUAUAGUAUUACAAAUAUGACUAUGAUAUCAAAUAAGUAUAUAAUAAAAUCUGUAAAAAGAAAAAACCUUAUUGUGCUGUCUUGAUGUA